AUGCGUGUGAGUAAAGGAAGUGAUGCCAUGACUCAAAGCACCGUGGCUGCCUCAGAGAGAUCACAUGGCAGCAUCCGCACUGUCUCCGAAGAGAAACUUAUGGUGGCGGUGCGCGUGCGCCCGCAGCGAGCAGAUGAAGGUCCCCGCAUCGUGCACGUGGUCAGCGAUAAGAUGCUGGUUUUGGAGGAGGAGGCGGACAGCCGUCGAGAUGUCCUACGUCAGCGGCGGCUUAACGACAAACACUACGUUUAUGACCGAGUCUUUGGCGAAGGCAGCACACAAGAAGACGUAUACGAUGCUGUCUGCGCUCCCCUGGUGGGUGAUACGUUGAAAGGAUUCGCUGGAGCCGUCUUCGCGUACGGAGCCACUGGAGCUGGCAAAACAUAUACCAUGACUGGCCUGAUGUCUCGAGCUCUAAGUCAUCUCUUUGCCAGCAUCGCUGAGAGCGAACAACCAGAGUCUUAUGAGGUGAAAAUGUCAUACAUUGAGAUUUACAAUGAGAUUAUACGGGACCUGUUGAAUCCGAGUGCUGGGCCCCUAGAGCUCCGAGAUGAGGGUGGUAGCGGUGCCCCUGUAGUCGCUGGCUUGAGUGAGCUGAAGGCAAACAGCGCUGCUCACGUCGCAGAGCUGCUUGCGAGGGGAGACCGCUCCCGCACUGCAGAGCCUACCCAUGCAAACCAACAUUCUUCCAGGGGACAUGCCCUUCUCAGUGUAACAGUCAGUCAACAAGUGGAGAAGGGAACACAACGUGGUCGUCUUUUCCUCAUCGACUUGGCGGGCUCGGAGCGAGCCGGUCUUCGUGCGAGACGGCUAGAGGGCGCACACAUCAAUCGAUCACUUUUAGCUCUAGGAAACUGCAUCAUGGCUCUUUCGGGUGGUGCAAGGUACGUGAACUAUCGUGACUCGAAGUUGACACGCCUUCUCCGCGAAGUGCUGGGAGGACGUUGCCGUACCGCCAUGGUGGCGCACGUGGCGCCCGGCGUAGCACAUCGUGACACCACGCGGUCUACCCUACACUAUGCGCAGAAGGCAUCUUCUAUCACCAAUAAGGUGGAACGUGAAUUGGUAGAAACGCCGAUGCCUCUAUCACAGUACCGGACGGUCAUCAACGAACUGCGUGAAGAAAUCGCUCGACUGAAACUUAAGAUGAAGGACGACAGAACAAUUAAACCAGAAUUUGCAAGAGUUCAAGAAGAGGAGAUUAGUAAAGAAGAUGCAGCAGAAAACGCAGCUCAUUUGAAAUCUUUACGGGAAGCCAUUGUGUCUACAUUCAAACAACAAAUGCGCUUACGAAGGAGGUUGAUGGAGCUAGAUAGUCACCUGUUAGGGUUAGCGUUAGAUGCAGAAAGGCAACAUGCUGCCAUCUCGCAUUGGGAGGCGAGGUUCAACCGCCUCUAUAAACCAAUCAACAUGCCUGGCUCCAGAUUAAGCACCCAACAGAGUUACAGGGGCGGCACUGGAUUAUCAUCGAGCAGCAGUGAGCGAGCUGAAGCUGAAGUGGCUGUAGAACAAGCGUGGGCUGAAUUAGCUGCCGUCGAGAGGGAACAGGAGUCAGCUCGUACAGAGAGGGAACGCGUUGAAAGACAGCUAGAGCAAGUCCGCUUAAGAGGGGCGCAGUUGGAACAGGAAUUACCAGCUACAAUAAGUAGCGGGCCAGAACGAGAAGUGUUGGCCCUAGUGUGUCGUGUGCAUGAACUGGAAGCUGACAAGUUAGCUCUGCAAGGAGAGCGAGCUGCAAGAGCUCAUGAGCUACGGAGACGGGACCUGGCAUUGCAGCGACGAGACGCACAAAGAAGAUUAUCUGAUGAGAUUAUAACAAGACAGAGGCGUGCAUUACAAGACGUAGGCGUUGGCGUGCCGCCUGAGCUGGCGCAGCUGUAUGAGUUGUAUCAACAAGAGAUCCACGCAUCCACCUACACAGAGAGCAAUGAUAUCUUCACCCCUCCUUACCGUCUACCACCUAUAUCAACCAGUAUGUCUGAGCUGACGUGGUCGGAGAGUUCGAGUGGGUCAGGCCGAGGCUCGAGCUCAGGUUCUGGCGGUACGUUGAUGUACGACUACCGUCUACCACGUCUCGCACCUACACCUAGACCUCGGACCAGAUACAGUCAAGCAAGUGCAUCAGCUUUGAAGCGUUAUGCGAGUGACGAGAGCCUGGUGACAGCAGUACAUCGUGGAGAUGACGAGCCAGCUCCCUGA